UCGCAAUUGACACCGUAUCAACGUAUGCGAGAGUUGCCGGCGACGAGAGCUGUCGAGGCGGAGCAUGGCGCAGUUGUGGUGGAUAGAGUCGGAGCAAUUUUGCGGAACAAGGGUCAAACGAAUAGGCUUCAGAUCCGGAUGAAGCUGCUCUGGAUUUCGGACCACGCGUAUGGGCAGUGGAAAACGUACGAGUCCGUACACCUUACGGACUCCAAGAGUCAACCCUUAACUCUUAACUGUGUGAAUCUCAAACUGAAUGUUUUCAAGACGUCGUACGAAGCAAACCGACAAGAGAUCGACUUCCUUCCGCUGACCGCGACGCUCUGGAACCUCGAGUGUGAUUCCGAGCUGCUACCAACUCCUGGUUCGAUUGUCGACAUUAACGAGUACACCAACCUGCAGCUCUACAACGAUACGCAGUGCCAACUCACGACUCGUCUGGGCCAGCUGAGCUGGGAGCAGACCGAUCUGUAA